CUCAGGAGUCAGGAAUUGUGUUUAUCUCUCAUGGCGCGAGCGGAAACCACUCCCGACACGAUGAGGGCCCUUUAUAAAAGCAUUCUGCAUGGGAACAUGGCAGAAGUAAAAACUCAAUUAUGUCCAGCAAUAAUGGGAGAUCUUUCUAGGCCUGUAACACCACGCGGCGACACCAUCCUGCACGCGGCAAUCUCCAUGAGACACGAGAGCAUCGCGAGAGAAAUCCUGAAGAAAUGUAAACAAGGAACAGUACCUCUACUGAGCAAACAAAAUGCGAUGGGGGACACCGUCCUCCAUGAGGCUGCUACAACCAACAUGACGUGCCUUGCCAAGGAUUUGUUAAUAUUAGCUCCAGAUUUGCUGGAUAUGCGUAACAAGCUUGGGGAAACAGCUCUUUUCAGAGCAGCCCAUUAUGGCAAGCGUGAGAUGUUCGAGCUUCUAGCAGAUAUAUUUGACAAAAAAGAAUUGGAACCGAAUCAGAAAGAGGCUCUCGAUCAUUUGAAAAGGCACGAUGGAACAACAAUUCUUCACAUAACAAUUCUUGCUGAGUUCUUUGAUAUUGCACUGGAUAUAGCGCAUAGGUAUAAAGUUUUGGUCAACGACAAAGAUCGACGUGGGAUGAUAGGACUUCAGCUCCUCUCAAGCAAUCCAUUAGCAUUCAAGAGUAGCAGCAACUGUGGAUUUUUCAAGAAAUUAAUUUAUCAUUGCGUUCCAACUCAGGACACUGAAAAGAAAGAAAGCUGCCGACGAGACACUCAUGAAUCUGAUCAUCAACCCAAGCAGCCUUCAAGCAACGACUUUUUAAUUUGUGUGCAGUGCCUCUCCAUGGUGGUGCGUAAACUUAUUUCAGUACCAAGAAAGAUUUACGCAUCAAUUUGGAGAUUUCUUUGUCUUGGAUGGCCAGUGAUGGAGAAUAUAUCCAAAGAAAAGAUAAAACAUAAAUCAGCUCUCAAACUGGCCCACUUGCUAAUACCAAAAGAUUUAUCGUGGGAGCAAAGUGAAUACAUAGAAGUGGAGGAUAGGAUCUCAAUAAGGAAGGCCGCAGCUCGCGCUGAAGAAGAAGAGGCGGCCAAAAAACUAAAGGAGAAAAAAAGGCAGCUCGAUCGAAUAGAUGGUGGUGGGACACCAGAUCGGUCAUGGCCGGAAGAAUUGCCUCGAACUCCGCCCGAAGAGGGACAACCUAUUUCGCUGCUCUUAGCAACGAGCACAGGAAUAGUAGAGAUUGUGGAGGAGAUACUUAAACUGUAUCCCCAGGCGGUUGAGCACGUAAGCGAUAUGGGACACAACAUAUUGCAUGUGGCCAUUCAGUACCGUCAAUUGAAAAUCUUUCGCAUUGUAAAGAGCAAGGAAAUAGCAAUGUUCAGAUUAGUCCGGCAGCUUGAUCAGAGAGGCUACACCGUCUUGCACCACGUUGGAGUCACGAAGUUCCAGACUAGAGGUACCCACUCUGGUCCUGCUUUCCAUUUGCAAGAGGAGUUGCGUUGGUUAAAGCGUGUGAAGAGGAUAAUGCCCCCCCAUUAUGAAAUGCACCUUAGCAAGGAACAUGACGAGACCGCCCAAGAGUUCUUCGACAGAACCCAUAAAAAACUUCUCAAGGAGGCAAAACAAUGGCUGAAGCGGACCUCCGAGUCUUGCUCUACUGUGGCGGUACUUAUUGCCACGGUCGCCUUUGCUGCUGCUUACACCGUGCCUGGAGGUUCCGAUCAAUCUACUGGGGUUCCUGUCCUCCUGUACGACUAUUUCUUCCUGAUUUUCACUGUCAUGGACGUUCUCUCCCUUGCAAGCUCAUUAACUUCAGUAGUCAUGUUCCUUUCUAUCCUCACCUCACCCUUCGAGCUCGAAAGUUUCCGUCACUCACUUCCUCGGAAACUUACACUCGGCUUCACCUUCCUCUUCUUCUCAGUGGCGGUGACCAUGCUUGCUUUUGCUGCAACAAUUGUGCUCAUCGUUCAUUUGAAGAGGCGGUUGACUAGAACGCUCAUAUAUACUGCUGCAUUCCUUCCAGUCUCCAUUUUCGCAAUCUUACAGUUCCCUUUGUAUGUCGCGUCCUUGAGUGCUGUCAAUUUCACCCGGAAAUUAAUUAGGAAGGUUCUUCCCAACUUUUGUCUCCCCCGUCGGUUUCGAAAGAACCCUACGCUCCCCAUUUACAAGUCCCAAUGAGAUUCCAGUUCCAUAUAUCAAGGUAAUGCAUUAAUGAGUCUGAGAUCGUCGAUCCUUUGAAAAACCAAGAAAGUUUUAUAUAUGACCGGGAUAUAUAUACACUUCUAAGAUGACUUGGGCUUUAAUUUUACCCUAUUAAGAAACCUAAAUAUUAAUUUUCCAUUUCUAUGUUAUCGUGUUUGUGCAUGUAAUUUUGGUGCCGAAUAAUGUUAAUUAUCUUGUGACAAUCUAAUGGAUCAGUUUGUUAGAAUAGUCUUCAAUAUUUUACU